ACAUUGACAUGACAUUUGACAGCGAGCAGAGCAAAGCAAGUCACAAUAUAAAAUUAUCAUUUUCAGUUGAAAAAUGGACAUUACGAUAAUAAUAUUGAUUGAUCAGGCAUUCACUGUUCUUACUUAAAUAGUAGUGGCUCCGUUUUUAUAACGAGCUGAUACUGUGACGUAAAAUACUCGUAGGUUAUAUAAUGUUAUUUCCUUUGAAAGAUUCAGUCAGGUGACAUAGAGUAAAAUGUUCAGUCGAAGUCCAAUAAUUUGUAUUUCCUCCCUCGUGAAUAAUCAUUUGAAAUGUUGCACACAAUGUAUAAAACUAUAUUCUUCACAAAUUCAAAACAAACCAGUUCAAAACAAACCAAACAAUGAAGGACCUUGGGAUGUUUAUUCAGAAAAGGUUGCAAAUGGAACUCUAAGUAAGGAUGAAUAUCAAGAAAAAGUGAUGCAACAUCUACAGAAUGUUUACCACGAAGUCACAGCUUUUCAGAGGCCCGAGACUAGGGGGACCACAGGAAAAUCCCUGUUUAAUUUUUUUAGAAAAAGUGAGCCCCAAAAGAUACUAGCUCCUAAGGGUUUAUACAUUUAUGGGAGUGUUGGAGGAGGAAAAACUAUGUUGAUGGAUUUAUUUUAUGAAACAGUUCCGAUAAAAGAAAAGCUAAGAGUUCAUUUCAAUUCUUUCAUGCUGAACAUUCAUGCUCGAAUACAUGAACUCAAGAUAAAGUCUGGAAAAGGUGCUAGUUCCUUUCGUGAAGAGGGCAAGCCUUUUGAUCCCAUCCCUCCUGUGGCAGCAGAUAUAACACAAGAGUCAUGGCUUAUUUGUUUUGAUGAGUUCCAAGUGACUGACAUUGGGGAUGCAAUGAUUUUGAAACGUCUGUUUACUCAGUUAUUUGAUAAUGGCUGUGUUGUGAUAGCUACAAGUAACAGGAAACCUGAUGAUCUGUAUAAGAAUGGCUUGCAACGAUCUAAUUUUUUGCCAUUCAUUCCAGUUUUGAAGUCACAUUGUACUGUAAUUCAGCUAGAUUCUGGGAUUGAUUAUAGGUUGCGUGGAACUGGUAGCAAAUAUAGUAAAUAUUUUUUAAAUAGUGAGCUGACACCUGAGACUAAUGCUGUUGAUAAUUUAUUCAAAUUUUUAAUUUCGAAAGAAAAUGACACAGUAAGACCGAGGGUUAUUAACAUUUUAGGAAGAAAUGUUAAAUUUGCCAAAUCCUGUGGAAGGAUUUUGGAUUCUACCUUUGAUGAAUUAUGUGAUCGUCCUCUUGGUGCAAGUGAUUACCUCAUAAUAUCUAAAACUUUCCACACAGUUUUCAUAAGAAAUCUCAGCCAACUGUCUAUAACAAGACAUCGGUCUCAGUUGAGGCGAUUCAUUACCAUGAUUGAUACUUUGUAUGACAACAGAGUAAGGGUAGUCAUUGCUGCAGAUUGUGAACCCAAAGACCUAUUCAAAACUGAUGAAGACAAGCAAGUGGAAGAUGCAGAUCGGGCCUUGAUGGAUGAUUUAAAAAUAACAAAAGAUUCUGAAGACGCAAAAGCGGCUAUAUUCACGGGCGAAGAGGAAAUGUUCGCGUGUGACCGCUGCCUUUCCAGAAUCAUGGAGAUGCAAACAGACGACUAUUGGGACAAGUGGGGAAAACAUUUAGGUUGAUUUAUUGCAAUAGUUUCUUGAAGUCAAUAUUUAAUUUAUUAUUGCUCAGUGUCAUAUAUUUUCUACUGACUUUUAGAUAGUGCAAGUAGUUACAAUAGUAGCUGUACUUAAGUCGUACAAAAAUGUAUGAAUUCAUUAUGUAGAAAAAAUAGAAUGAUCUAUGCUAGCCAAAAUGUUUUAAUAUUUCGACAUCAGUCAGUAUUACUUACAUUGUCAUAUUUAUUUCAUUUACAAUAAAACAUUGUAAUAUUUUUGUUAAUCGAAAAUAAUGUUUGUAAAUAGGAACAUAGGUAUGCAUAAUUUAUUUAGUAUAUGUAUUUGCGUUUUGAAAUAAUUGACUGUUGAGUUAUUGUUAAAUUUUGUACCUGCAUUGCUUGUAAGUACUAAACAUUUUGUUACCAUUUUCUCACAAAUAAAUAUUAUUUUUACAUGUUUAA